AUGUCCUCCGUCCUCAUCACCGGCUCCUCGCGCGGCCUGGGCCUAGAACUAGUCAAACAACUGCUCCUCCUUCCCCCGACAACCAUCAGCACAAUCUACGCAACAUCUCGCACCUCCUCGCCUCCGGAACCACUAUCGCGCGUCAUCACAGCAUCCAACCAUCGUGUAAGACACGUUCAGCUUGAUGUCACAGACCCUGCCAGCAUCACCGCCGCAGCCGAUCAAGUCACCCGCUUGAGUGAGGGCAAAGGCCUCGACAUCCUUAUCAACAAUGCCGGCACUCAAUCCGAGCGACCAAGCAGCACAAGCGGCAUGAGUCUCUCCGAUCUUGAAUCCACAAUGCGUAUCAAUGUGACGGGAGUACAUCUCGUUACAACCGCAUUCCUCCCUCUCCUCAAAGCCUCAAAAACCAAUAGCAGUCAAACCAAGAAAAUAGUAAACAUAACCAGCACCCUCGGCUCCAUAACCUGGUCCCACAAAUCCGACAUCGCCCCCGUGCCAGCGUACAAAAUCUCAAAAGCGGCGCUGAACAUGUUAACUGUACAAUACGCGACUGAGCUAGCACCGAAAAAAUUUACGGUGUUUGCGAUUAGUCCCGGCUGGUUGCAGACGGAUCUGGGUGGUGGGUAUGCACAUUUGAAGCCCGAAGAAGGGGCGAGGGAGGUGGUGAGGAUUCUGUUGGAGGCGACGCACGAGAAAGAUAAUGGGGUUUUUAGGGAUAUUUGUGUGAAAGGGUUUGGGGGGACUUAUUCAGGGGUUAAUCCGCCGUGGUAG